GUGUCCUCGCUCUGCGCACCCUAAAAAUAUCCCUCACUAAGUGCGCGGAUCAAAGGGGGCAGCAACACCGCCAUGAAUCCCGCCCCGGUAUUUAACCUAAAGCCUUUCAGAGGAGGAGCAUGCACUGUGAGCAAAGGGCCCGCGGCAUCCAGAGCUGCGCAGAGGAGAGAGAGGCUGGCUCGGGUUUCAGAGACGCACACUGACGGCAGACCUGCGGCACACAGUGGGAUCGCUCAGAGGGAGCAGCAGCGAAUGGGACAAACGGAGCAGAACGCAGAGGAUUUAGAGUCCGUCCCUGUGAAUCAGGAACAUCACUGACUGACUGAUGCCAAUCUGCACAAUGUCUCCUGUUCUAACUUUGAUGUAGUUGCGCAUCUGAGCUCAGAAACGUAGUUUGGAGAGCCUUUGAAGAAGAAAAUAGACAUCUGCAAAACUUUUCCCCCAGCAGAGAGACAGAGUCUGUCACACGCUCCACAGUUGCAGGUCGUUAGGAUUCCUCUUCUGCUACCCUGCACCUGAUGAAGACAGGGAUUUCUGUGUGGAUAAAACCAGAGUUAGAUGAAUAAAAUGGGAGAGGUUCAGAAGUGGGGAGUCGCCAGUAAAGCGGGUGAGGAGAGGAGGACUGGCGGCGGGCAGCAGCAGCAGAAACGGAGAGAUUGGAGAGAUUUGUCCAGCGUAACGAUUUGCAUCGCGGUGUCUGUUCUGUGCAUUGGAGUUUGCAUUGUGGUUUUUGUGCGGACAUCGGAGCUGCAGUCCAGGAUAGUAAGUCUGGAGCAGCAGCAACUCUCCGCGUGGAUGUUGUCUCUGGAGCAGGUGGAGCCCGUUAUCCUGGGCCGACUGGACCAGAUCCUGGAGGAGAAGCUUGCAGCACGACUACCGAAGACACGGGAGGUGAGGGAAGCUCCCCACAGCUGUCUGUGUCCACCAGGACCUCCAGGUCCUCCUGGACGAGCAGGCUUUCCGGGUGACAAAGGAAGUAUGGGGAUUCCUGGGAGAAUGGGCUUAAAAGGACAAGCAGGGGAGAAGGGAGCACCAGGCGAGCCAGGUCUGUCUAUCAUUGGACCAAGAGGACCUCCUGGACAACCUGGAACAAGAGGAUUUCCAGGCUUUCCAGGUCCAAUCGGAUUGGAUGGCAAACCUGGACAGAACGGACCGAAGGGAGACAUGGGUCAGCGUGGUCCCAAAGGACUCCCAGGUGAACCUGGACCCAAAGGGGAGAAGGGCGUAUGUGGAGACUACACGCACAGGGGCCUCUUUGUGCAGGAUCUUCCUCUGAAAACCCUGGCUGCCUUACGCUCCAGUCAGGCUCUGAUGUUGAAGGGCGAGCCUGGAGUGCAGGGACCCGCAGGACCUCCAGGGCCCCCUGGACUCCCAGGGACUCCAGGCAUGAAUGGAGCCAGUGGCCCACCAGGUAAGCCUGGUGAACCGGGCAAACCAGGAAAAGACCCAAGGGUGAGCUUUAGUUCACUUUUACCAGGACUGAAGGGUGAGCCAGGUGUGCCAGGACUAAAGGGUGAUCGAGGUGAUGUCGGCCCACCAGGUCCUGAAGGCCCAACGGGAGUUAAAGGAGACCAAGGAAUUAAGGGAGAUGAAGGAAAGAGGGGUUUCCCAGGAGAGAGGGGAGAGAAGGGAGAAUCAGGUUUCCCUGGCACUCCUGGGUUUAAGGGCCAGGCUGGCAUCCCUGGUACCCCUGGCAUCCCUGGCAAGAGGGGCUACAGGGGUGAGAAGGGAGAGCCGAGCAUUACAGCCCAGGCAAUUAAAGGAGAACCAGGUUCACCAGGACUGCCAGGCCUAACAGGACCUAAGGGUGACAAAGGCGAAAAUGGAGACAAGGGGGAAGCAGGUCUCGAAGGCCCUGCUGGACCAAGAGGUCCACCAGGCCCAACUGGGGAGCCAGGAAAAGCUGAAAUCCAGAACAAUGAAAAUGAUAUUCGCAACAUACCCCUGAUGGGCCCCCCUGGAUUACCUGGACCUCCAGGGGUCCCUGGACUCCCUGGCACCAAGGGUGAAGUGGGUCUACCAGGUGCUCCAGGACUGGAUGGAGAGAAGGGACCCAGAGGGAAGCCUGGAGAGCCUGGUCCUUCAGGCCCAGCUGGUCCUGAAGGUCCCAGAGGGGAGGGUGGUGUCAUGGGCUUCGCAGGACCGAAGGGAGACAAGGGAGACGUGGGUCCUUCUGGAUCACCUGGUUUAGAUGGCCCUACGGGUGAAAAGGGGGCUACAGGGGCCCCUGGCUCUAUUGGAUUACCUGGUGCAAUGGGUCCUAAAGGCGAGCAUGGAGAAGGAGGAAGGUCUGAAAUGAUCUAUGGUCCCCCAGGACCUCCAGGACCAGUUGGCCCAGCAGGAUCUCAAGGACCUUCAGGGCCUAAGGGAGAACCAGGCAUAGGCAUCAGAGGAGAAAAGGGAGCGACAGGUCAGAAGGGUGACAAGGGAGACAGAGGCCAUCUUGGACUCCCUGGGGCUCAUGGGUUAGACGGCAGACCGGGUCCAGUGGGUCUAAUAGGACCAUCAGGUGUGCCAGGGCCAGCAGGACCAAAAGGAGAGAGAGGUGAAAAGGGAGAUGCAGGAUUACCAGGACCAAUUGGCCCUCAAGGCAUCCCUGGUUUAGUAGGACCACAAGGACUCAAAGGGAACCGGGGAGAGAGGGGCAAGAAAGGCAACAGGGGGGCCAAAGGGGAUAAGGGAGACCAAGGAGCACCUGGAUUAGAUGCCCCCUGUCCGUUGGGAGACGAUGGCUUACCUGUACCGGGAUGUUGGAAUAAAUGACGAUAACUUUGGAAUGGCUUGUGUGAUUGUACAUAGGAUAUUUAUUUUUUUACUUUUUCCCUAUUCUGUUAUACGUGGACAAAAAAUUGAAAAAAAAAAAAAUAUAUGGCAAGAUUUUUGUACAGAUUGUUUAUUUUAAUACAUAUGAUAGUGUUUAUGUAUUGGAUUUUUAUAUCUUUGCAUUAUUUUAAUAUGAUCGGAUAAAUCAAAAUUAUAAUGUGGCUACAUAUGCAUGAUAUUUGUGCAUAAUGUGAAGUGGAUAAUGCUUAUUAACUUAUUGUAUUAUGUUGUUUUGUUCUGUUGUAAUAGACCAUGCUGCACUGAGUUGUGGGGCUGGAAAGAUUAUGUGUUAGCAUUUGGAAAGCCUUAGUCGAACUCCCCUCUAUGUGAUCAAGUGUUGGAAAACAAACAUGGACAAGCACUGCAUAUACACUUGUUUCAAUUACAGUAAAUAUCUACACAGUGACACAAAUCUGUUUAAAGUCUGCACUUUGAAUUUGUUGGUCAUGUGCUCAUAUUGUACUGAUGAACAUAAAGACCUAAAGCAGAGAUAUUGUCCCAUUAAUGGUAGUAUCUUAGGGUGCCAAUGUUAUUCUAUCAAUGUUAUUUCCAUCAGUCCAGAGCAAGAUAAUGCCCUAACAUUGAUAUUUGUAUUGGCCUCAAAAACCCAGAAUCAGUCUUUAGUUUCAUAUUUUCAGUUCCUGAUGGCAUGGCCUUCAGCUUUGCCAGGCAUGGUAACUAACACACCUGGCAAUGUCGGUGGGUAGAUUGAUGUCCUCGUUUUUGCACUAUGAACUGUAAUUGGGGUAAGAUGAGUUGACGUGAUUAUGCACUCAACAUCUUUUCACCUUAUGGACAAUUUAUUAUCAUUUUUCACAAAUCCAAGAUAAUUCUUAAGGCGAUUCUUAUUCUAGUAACUUCUCGAUUCUGGUCGAGUCAAACUUUCCCCUUGAGUUUACUUCAAAAACAAUGUCCAGAGUGCCAGGAAAUUUGCUUUAGAUAAACAUGGUCCCUAGAGGGUGAUCCCUAAAGAUUUAGGCUGGUUCCUUUAUUGCCACAAUCAGUACCAACCUUCAGUUUAUACACAAAAAGUACUCCCCAGACAUUUUGGCAGUUCGUACCUCAGGACAAACUCAAACUCUAAAUGCUUUUUGAAAAAAUAUGUUGACUGUUGGGUCAUCUAACUAUUGGGUGUAAGGACCUUUGCUAUCACUAGGGUCUGCUUCUAUGACACACAAGUAAUGCAAAUUAGGGUUUGACUGGUAUGGCUUUAUUGUUAUUGUUGAUAGCAACUUAACUUUAGACUGAAACAUCCAAAAUUAUAUUCAAACCACACCAUGCCUAGUGGUGUGUUAAUCAAUCAUUAAGGGACAGCCUUUAAUUCAGUCUCUGAGGUCUGUUUUUUCAAUGAUCAUGAGGAAUCAAGUUUUCCAGACAAUCACAGUUUGCUCCAAAUAUCCAAAGCCAACAUUUGUGUCCUGGAGGAGGGUGUCAACCAAGGUCUGUUAACCGUUUGAAGCUUUAACGUUAAGGCAUGAAAGACCCUGAAAACGAAAUGUUAAGUUGUACAGCAGGAAAGCAACAGCUCUAUGUUUUAGCUUCUUGUAUAUUCCCUCUGGUUUCAGUUCAUUCGUAAAUACUUUUGCCAAAUUUUACGGGCAGCCACUUUCUGCUUUACAGCUUUCAGGCUCUGUGUAUUAACUGUAGUGUUUGUUGUUUGUUUGUCUUCUACUCUGAGGCACAGUAUACAGCCCGUAUUGUUGGACGGAAAUAUUGCUGCUCACCCUUAAGGCAUUCUGCUGCAAUCGUCACAUUGUCUCAUCCAUUUAUGAAGAAAGCUGUAAUCAGCUUGGACAAUGGAGAUUUGUUUAUUUUUAUUAAGAACUAUAGAACAUUUUAUCCACAAGCAUUUUUCAUGGAGUAGCUGUGCUCAUUAAGCUAACCUCAUUAACUUUACCAAGUGACUUAGUGUUGAAGAAAUGGAUGGACUAGCCGGAGUGGAGCUUGGUCCAUUAUAUGCUGCUGCUCUUUGACAAAGCUUUGUUUGUGUGUUGCUCUGCCUGAAUUUGAUGUUGCCAUGAAAGAUUCUUGUUGGAUCCUUGCCAGCAAUAAAAUAUUCAUUGUG